AUGGUUUCUUCUUCCGACACAGGAGUAUCAGACAUAGUGGACCCCAUGGCGAUUGUGUCAGACGAUGAGAUGCCAUCCGAGGGAGACGUUUACACGUCAGACACCACGAGCACGGAUGACGAUGAUUUUCAGCCGUUCGCUCUGCCAGACAUCGGAGUUGAGAUUCAGCAUGCUGAUGGCAUUCCUGCUGGGGAUCUCCCUCUUGCUGUGAUCCCUGCUCCCGUUCCACUUGCUGCCUUUCCCUUGGCGGAUGUGCCACUCGAUGUCGUGUCAGAUGACGACAUUGAUCUUUUCGAGGAGGGUCCCCCUGAGGACGACUAUGAGGGUGGGGCCCCGAUUGAUGUUGAUGCUAUCCUUCCUAUUGUUGAAGCCCCUAUAGAGGAGGCUCCUCUUGGGUGUGCAGCAUCACUCGAGUUUGAGUUUGACCACGAGAUCGUCAUCGAUCCAGUUUUUCCCCCUGACUUCGAUCCUGAUCAUGGGAUCGAGUUUAUUCAUAUGGACCAGCCCUUAGAGGCGCCUGUGGCUCCCACUGAUCCGUUUUUUGACAUUCCUGCCGAUUUUGAUAUGGACCUUGUUGACCCUGAGCCUGUCAUGGCCCCAGAGCCUGUUGUUGCUCCUGACCCUACACUAGAGCACGACCCUGUUCUUGAUGAUGCACCGGCCCUUGCACCACCCAUUGCUGACCUACCCAUUGUUGCACCACCAUUGGUGGAUGAUCCUAUUGUUGACGCACCUUUACCUGACCCCGUGUCGGCACUGGUUGACCGUGCACCUUUCGCCGCUCACAUAGAUCCUCGUUAUGCUGACACCCGUAACGGGUGGAUCGAGGAUGAUGACGACUACCCACCGUUUGUGCUACUCGUCACUCCUCCCUUAGCACCUGCUUCUGCACCUGCUGAGAUUCCAUUGUUCCACCCACACACCACUGACGUCCAUCGCACUGAUCUUCCCAUCACAUUCCUCCAGGACAUACCACCACCUCGUCCUGGGGAGGGUUCAUCGAGGCAGCCACCUGCUUUUAUUCCUCCCGUGUCAUCAUCUUUUCCGUUCCUGUCACAGUUUCCUCAUGUUGCACCACCUGUUGCACCAUCGGGCGAGCCGUUUUUGUGGACUACGCCCCAUGUUAUGCCAUUAUCUGACCCGUACCACCCAUUUCAUGUGGGGUACACUACGGAGGAUAUACUUGCGUCGCUGCUGUGA